AUGUCCCGCAAGAAGGCUGCCAAAGGCAAAGCCGCGUCCAGCAGCCCGUCUGCAGGCGGCCCCACCGGGAAGGGGACCGGGAGAGCCGCGAGGAGCAGCCCGGGCAUCGUCCAGAUGAACGGCGUGGUGCAUCCCAGCAGACCCUCCGGCAGCAGCAGCAGCGAGUUUUAUGACAUCGCGUUCAAGGUGAUGCUGGUUGGAGACUCUGGUGUGGGGAAAACAUGUCUACUGGUCCGUUUUAAAGACGGAGCUUUCCUGGCUGGCAGCUUCAUCUCCACUGUGGGCAUUGACUUUAGGAAUAAAGUCCUGAACAUUGAUGGAGUCACGGUGAAGCUCCAGAUUUGGGACACGGCUGGACAGGAGCGGUUCCGCAGUGUCACUCAUGCCUACUACCGUGAUGCCCACGCUUUGCUUCUGUUGUACGACGUCACGAACAAAACAUCCUUUGACAACAUACAGGCCUGGCUGACUGAGAUCCACGAGUACGCCCAACAGGAUGUGGUGCUCAUGCUGCUUGGAAACAAGGCGGAUGCCACUCAUGAGAGGGUGGUGAAGAGAGAAGAUGGGGAGAGGCUUGCAAAGGAGUUUGGAGUUCCCUUCAUGGAGACCAGCGCUAGGACCGGUCUAAACGUGGAACUGGCUUUCACUGCUGUGGCUAAGGAGCUGAAGCACCGGUCUAUGAAGGAUCCCAGUGAGAAGUUUACGCUCCAGGAGUACGUAAACAAGGAGAUGAAGAGCACAAGCUGCUGCAGGUCUUAG